AAAACAUUUAGAUUGGAUGCUAAUAAAUAAAGAAAUAUUAAAUCAUUCCAUACCGAAUGAAGAUUUUAUUAAGGCAUAUACGAAUAACCCGUGGAUCAUACCAAUCGAAUUCCUUUUUUUCAAUUUAGAUAUAAAAAAAGAUGUUAGUGAAAAUACAAAAUUUACUGGAAGAAAAAAAAAAAUAGUUUUUAGAUCAUCAAAAAAAAAAAAAUUGGAAUUCGAGUUAGAGACUCGAAAUCAAGCAAAAGCGGAAGACACGAGUGGGGGGGAUUUGGAAUCAUCUCUUUCAACCCAAGAAAAAGAUAUUGAAGCAGAGUCUACAGCAUCAGGAUUGGCCAGGAAAGAGGAAAAAAAAAAAUACAAGAACAGAAUGGAGGUCGAAAUAAAUCUCUUAUUAACAAAGUUUUUUAUUUUUCAAUUGAAUUGGAAGGGUUCCUUAAAUCACAGAAUAAUGAAUAAUAUCAAAAUUUAUUGUCUCCUGAUUAGGUUGAAAAAUAAUAUAAAAGAGAUUGCUAUAAGCUCUAUUCAAAGAGGAGAACUCAAUCUAGAUCUUAUGGCAAAUCAAAAGAGUUUAAGUCUUACAGGAUUGACGAAAAAAAAUAAAUUGAUCGAAAAGGCAAUGUUUAUUGUGGAACCAAUUCGUCUGUCUAGAGAAAAGGAUGAACAAUUUUAUAUAUAUCAAACCAUAGUACUUUCAUUGCUUCAUAAGAGUAAGCGUCAAAUUAAGAAAAGA